AUGGAGAUGUCGCAAAGAAGCCAUUACGAGAUGGACGCCAAAGCCAGCUCGACGCAAAUCACCAUGGACGACGAGGUGGAUCACAACCUCUCUCCAGAGAAGGCCGGGACUAGACUAGACCAGAUGGAUAUGCGACGGAUGGGUAAAUCGCAGGAGUUUCGUCGAAACUUCAGUUUCAUACCAAUCUUUGGCUUUGCAGCAGUGUUGAUGAUGACGUGGGCUUCUAUUAUGAACUCCGUGAGCUACAUUCUUCCAAAUGGAGGGCUUCCGGCACUCAUCUGGAUAUACAUUGUAACUCUCUUUGGUUUCGGAUGUGCAAUUCUGUCAAUGGCAGAAAUGGCAUCGAUGGCGCCGACUUCAGGUGGUCAAUACYACUGGGUUUCCGAAUUCGCUCCAAAGUCCUUCCAAAAAGUACUCAGCUACGUUGUUGGUUGGUUCUGCGUUCUCGGGUGGCAGGCCGGUAUAGCUGGGCAAUGUUUCACAGUCGCAAGUCAAGUGCAGGGAAUGAUUAUCCUCAACGAUAUCAAGUACAAGCCCCGACCAUGGCAUGCUACGCUGUUGACAAUAGCCACGGCCACAGUUGCCGUCAUGUUCAACAGCUUCUUUGUUCGAAAGUUGCCUCUCAUAGAGGGCCUGGUCCUCGUACUGCUUGUGUUCGGUUUCUUCGGCGUCUUGAUCCCGCUUUGGGUCUUCGCGCCUAAGCACUCCAGCAGCGAUGUAUGGCUCAACUUCACACAGGUGUCCGACUGGCCAUCGAUGGGCACCGCUACCUUGGUCGCCUUCACAGGGCCCAUCUACGCGCUGAUUGGUCCCGACUCGGCUGUCCACAUGGCUGAAGAGGUCAAGGAUGCUUCCAGGACGAUUCCCUGGGCGAUGGUGUCCACAUUGAUCCUGAAUGGUUUCACAGGUCUGGUCAUGGCCAUCACCUUCGCCUACUGUCUAGGUCCAAUCGAGGCAGCGCUAUUGCCAAAAUACAACUUUGCGCUGAUCGGGACCUUCUWCAACGCCACUCAGUCGCACGCCGGAGCAACGAUCWUGACUUGCAUUGUGACCACUCUGGCUCUUUGCUCUGCCAUCAGCAACGUCGCCACGGCAAGUCGGCAGAUGUUCGCCUUUGCGCGCGACCACGGGCUACCUUUUGCGAGAUUUCUGUCUCACGUACGGCCUGGGUGKGACAUUCCUCUCAACUCAGUCAUAGUGUGCUUCUGCUGCACGGCACUCCUAUCGCUGAUCAACUUGGGAAGCACAGUGGCUUUCAACGCCAUUCUCUCCAUUGGAGUUGGUGCGCUCCUGACCUCGUAUAUGACUUCCAUUGGAUGCCUUCUUCUCAAGCGAAUCCGGGGCGAGGAGUUGUUGCCGCGCCGCUGGAGUCUGGGAGUUCCGUUCGGAUGGUUCUGCAAUACUGUUGGCUUUGUGUAUGUUGUGAUUGCCUUCAUCUUUGCAUUCUUUCCCAUUGGGAAUCAUCCAACACCAGAGUCGAUGAAUUGGGCUUGCGUGAUAUAUGGAGCAGUUGGGAUUCUAGCGACCAUUUAUUAUUGCUUCUGGGCAAGGCACAUUUACGUGCCGCCUGAGUCGCGUUUAGCCAAGGACUUGUAG